UCGCGGCGCUGCAGCUGGGUUUUGCCGCGCUCUCAUAGGCGGCACACACCGGCGCCGAUAGGAAGCGCGCUGCCCGGCCAUAUAUCCGUCGCACGCUCUGCUCGUCGGCAUUGUGUGGGGCAUCAUCCCAGGGCCCUGCGAUUUCAAGACUUUAACAGCAUCCGAAGAGAAGCACCAUGGCAGGCUGCUGUGAGGAUGAGUGUCCCGUGGGUUACGCCUCCCCUUUGGAGGCGGCCGCCAAGGGUCACCGUGAGAAGAUCGUCUACGUUCCUUGCAUCGUGCCUUCCAAGGAGAGACCAGACUACCUGGCGGUCGUCUGCGUCGACCACGACUCGCCAGACUUUUGCAAGGUGAUCUACCGGCUUUCGAUGCCGUACAAAGGAGACGAGCUUCACCACAUGAACUGGAACACAUGCAGCAGCUGCUACGGCAAGCCCAACAAGCGGCGCAACCGACUCAUCCUGCCUUGCCUGAACAGCGACCGCGUAUACGUGGUCGACCUCAGCCACAACCUCAAGAAGCCCACUCUGCUUAAGGUCGUGGAACCCGAAGAGAUGCACGCUCUUGGACUGGCUACACCUCACACGCCCCACUGCCUCGCCGAUGGCAACGUCAUGGUCAGCACAAUGGGCAAUCCUGACGGAAGCGCCAAAGGCUGCUUUUUCAUUCUGGACGGUAGCACGCUGACGCUUCGCAAUGCGUGCGCACAGCCGUGCAAAUGUGCGGACUUCGGCUACGACUUCUGGUACCAGCCUCGGCACAACGUCAUGGUCAGCAGCCAGUGGGGAGCCCCGUCUGCCUUCAAGAAGGGCUUCGACUUGAAAGAUGUCGAAGAUGGAAAGUACGGCACUCAUAUAGACAUCUGGGAGUGGCCUGGAUUGGUUCAUCAGAAGAGCCUAGAUUUGGGUACCGAAGGGUUAAUGCCCCUGGAGGUUCGGUUCCUGCAUAAUCCGAAAGCCAGCGAAGGCUACGUCGGCUGCGCUCUGGGAAGCACUGUCUGGAGGUUCUUCAAGGACCAGGACGGUUCAUGGAGUGUUGAAAAAGUCAUCACUAUUCCACCGAAGAAAGUGAAGGGCUGGAUUCUUGAAGACAUGCCUGCGGUUAUCACGGACAUACUGAUAUCCCUGGACGACAGGUAUCUCUACAUCGUCUGCUGGAUUCACGGCGACAUUCGUCAGUAUGACAUCACCGACACCCGACAUCCGAAACUCGUUGGUCAGGUUUUCACCGGUGGUUCCAUCUACAAAGGCGGUCCAGUCACCGUCCUUCACGACGAAGAGCUCAAAGAGCAGCCCGAGAGGUGCGUCAUCAAGAACAAGGCCGUAGAAGGUGCCGGCCAGAUGUUGCAGCUUAGUUUGGACGGCAAGCGACUGUACGCCACCACGUCGUUGUACAGCGCCUGGGACAAGCAGUUCUACCCGGAGCUGAUAAAGAAAGGAGCCAUGAUGCUUCGUGUAAAUGUGGACAACACCAAGGGUGGCCUGUGCAUCGACCGAGACUUCCUGGUCGAUUUCGGCGAAGAGCCCGAAGGUCCCGUGCUGGCACACGAGAUGCGCUUCCCGGGUGGAGAUUCCACUUCGGACAUCUGGCUCUGAAAGCAGCGUACGCAUGCUUGGACGCUAGACACCGGCCCGAACACUUUCGAUCCGAAUCCUGCGCGGCUUCGAUUUGCUUCGCUUGAGGCCAGUGGCGUUGUUUGGUGUGGUCACGAAGACACGACGUAUACAAUGUUGUCGACUUGUCUCGAAAACACAUCUGUAGUUCUGACAGUUCCUUUUGUCCUUUUUGUUGCAUUUCGUAGGUAAAAUAAAUGUGACCCAUGUAACGGG